GGAGAGGAGGAGGAGCGUAUAGUGAUGCAGUCAGCUUGCAGCAUCCUCAUACACACACAUAUACAUCGCACUGGAGCUACACCCUCCCUCCUUGCUGCAGAUCUCUGUGUGUGAUGUGAAGAAGAGAAACACAGAAGUAUUCCCUGUGUGCCCCUGCCAUCUGCCUACAGAAUCACCAUGCUGCAGUCUUCUGCUUUCUUCUUGUGUUUCCUUUUUUUCUCCUAUGCUGCCUUACAAGCCAUCAAAAGACCAGUUGAAGGAUAUGGUCCAGUAUUUGAGGAGCAGCCCCAGAACACUUUGUUUCCAGAAGGUUCAGCUGAAGAGCAAGUAACCCUCUCCUGCCGUGCUCGAGCCAUUCCCCCUGCCAACUACAGAUGGAAGCUGAAUGGCACUAAUCUGAACCUUGGUGAAAAUUCUACUUACCGCCUUUUCGGAGGGAACUUGGCCAUCUCUAACCCUACCCAUUCUAAACAUGUGGGAACCUAUCAGUGUUUUGCUUCUAACUCUUUGGGUACCGUGCUCAGCAAUGAAGCCUCGCUGCGAUUUGGAUAUUUGCAUGAGUUUUCACCAGAGGAGAAGGAUCAAGUGAAGACAACAGAAGGACAGGGAAUUAUGUUGCCAUGUAACCCUCCACAGCACUAUCCAGGUUUGUCCUACCGAUGGCUGUUGAAUGAGUUUCCAAAUUUCUUGGCCAAUGACAGUAGACACUUUGUGUCCCAAGUGACAGGGAAUUUGUACAUCGCAAGCACAGAAGCAGAAGAUGAAGGAAAAUAUUCCUGUCUUGCCACUAGUCACAUUGCUUUUACAACCAAAAGUGUUUAUAGUAGUUUUACACCACUUAUCAUCACUCCAGGAGCGGAGCCACGUUUGUAUGCCCCAAGUAUUAAAGUGCGUUUCCCUGUUGAGAUAUACACCCUCUUAAGGCAAUCGGUGACAAUGGAGUGCUUUGCUUUUGGAAACCCUGUGCCUCAUAUACGGUGGAGAAAGGUCGAUAACUCACAGGUUCCUCAGUGGUUUGCAUUAGACCCAGUUUUGCAUAUUCAAAGUGUCAGUUUUGAUGAUGAUGGGACCUAUGAAUGUGAAGCUGAAAACCCUAAGGGACGGGUCACCCACCAAGGACGUGUAAUAGUACAAGCUCAACCAGAAUGGCUUCAGAUUAUCUCUGAUACCGAGGCAAAAAUUGAGUCUGAUCUAGUCUGGAAUUGUGCAGCUUCUGGAAAACCACGACCCACAAUUCAUUGGUUGCGAGAUGGUAAACCAUUAGUCUCACAGGAGCGAGAGGAAGCAGAGCCAGAACUGACUAUUGUUGAUGGUGAUGACCAAGAUUGUGUUCCACUGGAAAAAGAUGUAGAGAAGGACCUGGUUAUGAUCUGCAGAAUGAAGAGAAAGAAGGAACACCAGACAAGUGAACCCUUGCUGCUUAAGCUGAGGAGGAGGGCAGAGCAGCGUGAUGUCGACAGACCGGGGGCGGAGCUACCCUCUGUGUCCGAGACGUCGAAGAGGCAAGCAUAG